AUCAGAAACUUGAUCACCUCGAUGUGGCCGGCCUCGUAGGCGACUCCGAGCGGCGUGCGACCUGACUCGUCACUGGCGAAAGGGUCGGCAUUCUUCCUCGAGACCAGGUCAACGACAGCGGCCACGUCACCAGACGCACAGGCCUGUAUCAGUAGCAGAGUAAGAGACAGCGCUGCAGCACGUCGUCCCACGGCUGAAUGUGCGGGAGAACCGCCGCUCUCGCCUGGUCCAUCCCACAGCUCGUCUCUGGCCCGUUUGUUUACAAGCUUACUCAGCACAAACAACGCAAACUGCGCAUGCGCGUUAUGCAGUGUACGUGUGGCGGCUGGCAGUCAGUUGACGACGACCAGCUGAUGAUCUCCCUUUUCUCUUGAAGUAGGACAAGCAAUAAAGAUAUCAGUCGUAAUAUUCAUCUGUGAUAAACAUGGUCUUACUAGCGGCAGCCGUGUGCACGAAGCAGGGCAAAGCUCUUCUGUCGCGUCAGUUUGUGGAGAUGACGAGGGCGAGAGUGGAGGGGCUCCUGGGAGCCUUCCCCAAGCUGAUAGGCUCGGGGAAGCAGCACACGUUUGUGGAGACGGAGAGUGUCCGCUACGUCUACCAGCCUCUGGAGAGACUGUACAUGUUGCUGGUGACCACCAAGACCUCCAACAUCCUGGAGGACCUCGAAACGCUCCGUCUCUUCUCUAGAAUGAGAUGGGGAAGAAGAGUCCCAAACUCUAGGCGGAGAAGGAGUGGGCAAUAUUGGUCCGGAGCCCAGGGUUCUCCCCCCUGUCCCAUCGCCCUACCCGGAGGAGGUGGCAGGAGUGAAGGAGGCUCUGUACACAGCCUGGGUCCCGAGUCCCUGGACUCUGGGGCUCCUGUCUCGCCAGACACCUGUGGACCAGUCUCACCUCACCUGCCCCGGGACUGGUGGCAGACAUCAAGAUGCACGAUCCAAUAGCAGAGUUGCUGGCAGCCCAUUUUCCCGCAGAGUCCCGCAAGACUCUGCCGUCAAUGGAGAGUGUUGCCAUGGACAUGGCCGGCCUCCGCAGACUCGUGAGAGAGGGAUGCUACCACGCAGCACUGGAGCUAACUGGGAGGUUCCUGUCGGCUCACGGUCAGGGCCUCGGUCAGGCCGGCCAGCCCAGUCUCCACACACACAAGACCCUACAGAUGUGGGGAGCGAGACUGGCUCUCCUGGUGGUGAUGCAGCAGUUCAGGGAGGCCGAGGUCGAGAUGGAGGCAUUUGGCGAACUGGUGAACCCUGACCUCUUCUACCAGUACCACACCCACAACUACCCCGACAAGACCGGUAGCAUGGUGCCAUUCUCAAUGAGACUGCUCCACGCUCAGCUGCCAGUUCUGACUGGAAACCAUCAGCUCUCCCUGGACAGACUGUGCCAGCUACAACACACCUGUCACCAGGUGCUGUCAGAGGUGAGGAGAGGCUACCUACCUUUUGUAACUGAGCCUCUCACUCCAGAGGACCAACAAGUUGCAGAGACUCUGUGGAUGGAGAGACUCACCAGAGUAAAGUUCUGUCUGGCUAACACACUGGUAGCCAUGCAGGACUACCUGUUGGCAGUAGAGGUGUAUGAGGGUCUGUUAGAGGAGCUGCCAGGGCUGAGGAGCCAGCUGCUGUCGGUGAUGGGGCGGCUUCACCUGACUCUGGGUGACCUGCCUUCUGCCCAGACCCUCUUCUCCCUCGCUGAGGACAGAGACGAGAAGGAGGAGGGGGAGGAGGAGAGGAUGGUCAGGACUCACAUCAACCAAGGACUGGUGAACGUGUUUCUGUGUCACUGGCAACUGGCAAAGGACUCUUUCGAGAGUGCACUCCAAUUGGAGCCCACCAACACGACUCUGAAGAACAACAUUGCUGUGUGUACCUUCUACCAGGGAUACCUCAAGGAGUGUAUCAGAGAGUUGGAGGGAGUGGUGAGAUGGAGUCCUCCCUCCUCCCUCCAGCCUGCCCUCCUCACCAACCUCACGGCGACCUACGACCUCGAGUCUAGCUCCGCCCACUCCAAGAAACUCUCCUUCCUCCCUCUCUUGGGACAACAUGUGGGGGAGGGGUUUCCCCUCUCCUCUCUCGGUCUUAGAUGAGACUGGACAUGCAUUAAUGUGUGUGUGUUUGUUUGGGCAUGUGCAGAUCAUUCGCAUAAUGUUGAUUCUGUCAGACUCGUGUUUACAAUAAUAUAUAGAAUAAAAAUGCUCUUGUUCUUAGAUGAUAGCAAGACAGACACGUUUAGUUGGUAGGGCAGCUACAUAAAUUAUGUGACUUGAAUAGUGUGUCCUUUUCAUUGAUCACUCAUCCGCCGAUCUAUUCUUGGAUUUGAAGGUUCUGCCUCCCUUCUUCGUUUCAUUCCUCUCUCAGCUCGUGGUGGGGAAGCUGUGUCCAUUGGAGUGACUGUCUCGUUUACUUCCAAUUGUUCUGGCCUCGAGACGAUGCUUGAUGCUUUACGUCUCUGUUUUGAUGGACGAGUGCGCCCUGUGGGUGGCCGAGAGACACUGCCGGCACAUCUUUUUCUUUGGAGAACUGUUGGUCUUGAGCAGUACCUCUCUCUGAUACAUUCAUCACCUGUGUCACUAGAAUGUGUGUG